AUGCCCAGCGAGAUCACUCCCCUGUUGACCGAACAUGGGGUUGACCACGAGGCCCACAAACCCCGGAAGAAGACGCCUCUUCCUGCGCUGCAAGUGGGCAUUCUCAUGCUCGUGCAGAUCGCAGAGCCCAUGACCAGUCAUUCUAUUUUCCCCUACGUGAACCAGCUCGUGUCGGACCUUAACGUCACUGGCGGCGACGAGCGAAAAGUCGGCUACUACGUCGGGCUUAUCGACUCCAUAUUCUUCGUCACCGAGGCGCUAUUCGUUUUCCAAUGGGCACGACUCUCAGACAGAAUUGGACGCAAGCCCGUUCUGCUCAUUGGUCUCGCAGGUGCGGGACUCUCGAUGAUCUGCUUUGGCCUGUCGCGUACUUUGCUGGGCUUGAUUGUCAGUCGCAGUCUCGUCGGGCUACUCAACGGAAACACCGGUAUCAUGAAAAGCAUGAUGGGAGAGAUCACGGACUCGACAAACAUGGCGCAAGGUUUCGCCAUGCAUUCGGUCUCAUGGGCAGUCGGCAUCACCAUCGCACCAUUCAUCGGCGGUCAGCUGGCGAGACCCCACGACCGGUGGCCGUCCCUCUUUACCCACCCAUUCUGGAGGAAGUACGCAUACUUUCUCCCUUGCCUGGCGGCCGCCUCCUUCUCCGGUUCUUGCUGCCUCGUUGCAGCGCUCUUUCUCAAAGAAAGUCUUAAACGCCCCGCUCUGUCCCCCCUGGCAGAUGAUGCUGCGCCCCACGCAGACGCGGACGCCACGCCGCCGCUCCGCACAAUCCUCACCCGCCCCGUCGUACUCUCUAUCGCGACCUACGGGGCGCUCGCGCUCGCCGACAUCGCCUUCGUCUCACUCCUGCCGCUCUUCUGCGCGACUCCACUUGCGCUCGGUGGGCUCGGGCUCGGACCUCCCGCAAUCGGCACGCUGCUCUGCGCGGCCGGACUCGCCAACGGCGUCAUACAGGUUCUCGUCUUCGCCCCGCUCGUCGACAGGUUUGGGGCCAAGCGCGUACUGCAGACCGCUCUCGCCGCGUUCGUCCCGCUCUUCGCGCUCUUCCCGGCGGUCGCUGCGUCCGCGCGCGCUGCGGGCGGCGUCCGCGCUGCGACGAUGGCGCUCCUAGGCGCACAGCUCGUACUGGUCUGUCUCACGAACAUGGCGUACGGCGCGGUGUUCAUGUACAUCCGCUCCGCGGCGCCCGACGACCGCAACCUCGGCGCGGUGAACGGUGCGGCGCAGGUCGUCGCCUCCGUCUCGCGCGCGCUCGGGCCCGCGGCGGCGACCGCGCUGUUCGCGCGCGCGCUCGAGCGCGCGUGGCUCGGCGGGUGCGGCGUGUACGUCGUGCUCGCGACGCUGAGCGCGUGCGCCGUGGUGGUCUCUGCGCCGCUGCCGCGCAAUACAUGGAUUGGGGAGCCAGGGUGCCAAGCGCGGCACCCGGACGUGGACGAGUGA